AACCUCGGAGCGGGAUCUGCGCGGGAGCUGGUUGGGGCGGGAGCCCAUCUGGCCCUGCAUUACAACUCGACCAGGAGCAAAAAACACGCCAAUGAGCUGGCGGCUGAGCUGAAACAACAAUAUACGACCCGGGAACUCGCUUUCUACCAAGGGGAGUUGAUUUCCCCGGCCGCCGUGGACCAUUUGUUCCACUCGGUGCUCAAGGAGUUUGGGGGGAUUGACAUCUUGGUCAACACCGUUGGCAAGGUGCUGAAGAAGCCGAUCACUAGGAUUUCGGAGGAAGAGCAUGAUUCGAUGAUCAACUCCAAGGCUGCCUUUUUCAUCCUCAAGGCGGCUGCGGCUCACAUCAACAACGACGGGAAGAUAAUCAACAUAGUUACAGCGCUGCUGGGCGCAUUUACCGGUUUCUGUACCACCUAUGCCGGAUCGAAGGCUCCCGUGGAACACUUCACCCGAGGAGUCUGCAAGGAAUUGCAGGCGCGACGGGUCAGUGUGAACAAUGUGGCCCCGGGCCCAAUGGACACACCGUUCUUCUACCCCCAGGAAUCUCCCGAGGCGGUCGAAUUUCACAAGAGCAAUGGCAUGGGCAAUCGAUUGACAAUGGUUCAGGACAUCGCUCCCCUGAUCCGAUUUCUAUGCACUGAAGGUGCCUGGAUUGCCGGUCAGACAAUCUUUGCGAACGGCGGAUAUACGGCUCGGUAA